AUGAAGAUUGCCCUUGUCCUUUUUGCGAUCGCUACGACAGCUGCUUACGAACCUCACGAAUUUGGAAAUCGUCUACGUUUUGCUAUAUAUACGCCAAGAUCUAUUGGCGGCGCCUAUUGGACUGAUCAAGAGGGAUAUUCCGGAAUAAUCCGCGAAAAAUUUUGGACCAUCGCUGAAGAGAGGGAUCGUAUAAUGGAAUGGGCUGAGACACACAAUGUUACAAAAGAAGCUAGAGAAGUUUUUGAAGCUAUGGACCGGCGUCGAGAGCAAAUUAAGUGGAAUGUCACCAAACUUGCCAUAUUAUUACCACAUGCUCUGGAAAGGUUCGGCUCAAUAGUGGAGGACGUUAGCCAAACUCACGAGGAACAAUCCACUGCAUUGCGUGAAAUAGAAGCUGACGACCCAGAGCUUUUCCGGGUGAUACGUUUCGCGGUGGAGCAGUUCAUGUCAAGAUUUCCUCCAACAAUUGUAGACAGAGUUCCACACGUUUACGGGCCACGUGGUGAGUACGGCCCAUACGGCCCAGGAGAUUUCGAUAGAAUAGGACCACACUCGCAUGGACCGUAUAGUGGACGCGAUGGUGGAUACGAAAAGCCGUGGCUUUAUCCAAGAGGACGACCUCGAGAAAAACUAAUCACUUUGUUACCGUCAGAAUGGUGA